UUUUGCUGGUUGAAAAUAUAAACAAACUGCUGUCAAACCUGGUCAAACCAUCAGUGAAAAAAUAGUAGCAAAACCAAAUUGCCGUUCCAAAAAUGGAUUGUGAAGUCGCAGCUCAGAGAUACCGCGAGAAAGUUGCUAUGUGCUACGGGGUGAAUCCGUCAGCAUUGCAAACGAAACCUCAGGAAGUGCCUUUAACAGUAACGUUCGCCAUCUAUCAAUUCCUGGUAGUUGACCCCAAUCCGUUUACGGGAGCCCCCAAGAACUGUGCCAAAGGAAUGGAUGCAAUUUUUUAUUACAAAAAUGGCUGGGUGAAAAGCGUCUCAGGCAAGAAGAUCCAAGAUAUUUUUGUAGUGCAUGGAAUUGUGCGACAUUCGUUUGCUCUCAACGAGAAGCCGCUCACGCCGUGGAUUUUAAUCAAUAAGUCCGGAAAGAUACUUGCGGCACACUGCAAUUGUGCAAUUGGUCUUCUGGAAGCUUGCAGCCACGUCGGAGCAACGCUUUUUGCCCUAGAAGGGAUUCGAACAUCGAUAAUCGAGAAGAAGAUGUCUGUUACAGACUUGCCGGCGUACUGGAAAAAGCCACCUGCAAGUAUCAAUGUCAAUCUUUAUAAAAAAGUACGUGAUAUUGAUUUUGGGAGACAGAUACAGAGAGACUACUUUACCAGCAAUUCCUCUUCAUCAAACAUCGACAAUCGUUGCCGCGAUCUUUUAAACACACUGCAGAAUGAUGGUUUGAAUGUUGUUGCCAGCAGCCUGUUUUGCGGAGAAGAGAACUUUAGGUGCAGCGAAUGCUCGUAUGAAGAUGGACUGAGAGAUGAACUUAAAGAUUACAACUAUCAACUAUUGUAUGAUCCAUCAAAUAUAAAUUCGAUAGCUGAUUUAAAAGCACGGGCGUCCGAGUUUGUUCGAAAUCUCCCGAAGGAACCAUUUUUUUUGAAGCGGAUCAACACCCUCACCAUCGAUCAAUCUAAUUCCAAGUGGUGGAAUAUAUUCAGGAGUGGGCGUAUCACAGCAUCUAAUUUGAAAGAUUGUAAAAGCAUUUUCGACAGCAGCUACAAGGUAUGGCAAAAAGAAUGA